UCCAAAGCCCCAUAUAAAAAUAUCUUCCCGAAACAAGCCGCACUCCUGCCUGCUAAAAACGCGAAUCUUUCCCCCCUCUGCUUCGAAAGCGAAAUCAAACUACACGAAAAAGAACAAAAACGAAAUUUAAAAAAAAAAAAAAACCCACUCGUGAGAACGGAUCCCCAACAACACGAACCUGAAUAACUGAAACCCUAACCCUAGCCGCGACUUUUUAUCCUCUUCGUUUUCUUCUAUAAUCGUGCACGUGAAGACUUAAACGCCGAGCGUUGGUAAUUGUUAGGGUUAGGGUUAGGAUUAGGUGUAUGCUUGGGAGAUUAGUGUUUUGCUCUGCAGAAGGAUUCAAAACGAGCUAGAUUGAAAUUAGGAUUUAGGGUUAGGGUUUCGGUAUGGAAUGUGCAGGUGGUGGCGGUGGUGUAAGAGGCGCUGGUAGUUGGUGUUUGAGAUGACCGGAGGCCGAUGCCGGCGGAAGAAGAUGAUGGGUAGGUGUCCUGACGGAGGUUGCGGCACUCAUGAGAGGCUUUGUCGCCCGAUUUCUAGGAUUCCGUCGUCCAAGUUACCGGCGACCCAAGCUGAAAUACUCCCAACUACAAAAAAGAAGCCUUCAUUGGACGUUGAUUUCUUCUCUCAGGCUCGUAAAUCUCUAAGCGAGCGGUCUCCAUUUGAUAUACCUGAGGAUGUCUCUGGGUCGACCACUUCAGGUGCUUUUUCAAGUAUUUCUACUUUGCCUAGUGGAUUGGCCAGUUUGCUUAGGCAAUCGGAUAGUAGAAAGAGGCAUAAGAAGUCACAUUCUAGUGCAGAUAAGAAGUCUUCGCGGGCAAGUGAGAGGUCCAAGGGAGGGAAUAUUUGGUUUGAGACUGAGGAGUACUUCAGAGACUUGGCACUGCCUGACAUUGAUGCCUUAUUCGAGAUAUCUUCUUCACUUAGGUCUUUAGCUGGUAGUAAGUGUUUUUUGAUUCCGUACAUUAAAAAUGAGAAAAAGGAGUCCAGGGACGACCCAGAGACCUUGGAUAAGAAUGCUGCUGUGGGUUGUGAGAAUGGAAAUGCACAAACAAAUGAGUCGGUGGAUAACAAUGUGAAUUGUGGCGGAAAUGCAAAUGGAAAUGAGGUUGCGGUAAAGCACGAGGUGAAGCAAGAGGACGAGCAGUUAAUGGAAAUUGACGGUGUAGGUCCUCAAGAUGACAGCAACCAGUGUUUGCCCCAGGAGGGGGGGAAGGUUGGCACCAUUUCAGAUGUUUCUAGCGGUUUAGAAUGGCUUUUAGGUUGUAGGAGCAGGAUUAUAUUGACUUCAGAGAGGCCUUCCAAGAAGCGAAAGCUUUUAGGCAGGGAUGCUGGGUUGGAAAAGGUUCUAAUAGGUUCUCCAUGUGAAGGAAAUUCAUCGUUAUGUGAUUUUUGCUGCAAGGGUGAGAUGGGUAACGAAUCAAACCGGUUGAUUGUUUGCUCUUCUUGUAAAGCUGCGGUGCAUCUCAACUGUUAUGGCGUGCAAAGGGAUAUAGAUGAGUCUUGGCUAUGUUCUUGGUGUAAUGGCAGGACUGGUAGUGAUGAUUCAGUUAAGUACCCUUGUGUGCUUUGCCCAAAGAGGGGCGGUGCUUUGAAACCUGUUGAUGCAGGAAGUACUGGAACUAUUACUGAGUUUGCUCAUUUAUUUUGUUCUUUGUGGAUGCCUGAGAUAUAUGUGGACGACCCAAGGAAGAUGCAACCUAUUAUGAAUGUGCAAGAAAUAAAGGAAACCAGAAGAAAAUUAGUUUGCAACGUCUGCAAAGUGAAAUGUGGUGUUUGUGUUCGUUGUAGUCAUGGAACUUGUAGAGCUGCAUUUCAUCCCAUAUGUGCAAGGGAGGGGAAUCACAGAAUGGAGGUUUGGGGGAAAUAUGGAUCUGAGAAUGUUGAAUUGCGGGCCUUUUGCUCAAAGCACUCAGAGUCCCCUGAUGGUAGAAGUAACUCCCAAUUACCUGUUAUCAGUGACUCUUCCACUGCCAACUGCAUGCCACUGAUUCUGUUGACAGAUAAACAACACAAUUUAAAGAUUGGCCAUAAUGGAGACAAAAUUGCGGUCAAUGUAGGAACUCCCGAUACUGUUUCUGAUAAAUCUGGUGAUAGUGAGUCACGAGAAAUUGGAUUAUCUGAUUCCAGACAAAAUGAUGUGCUAAUAUCAGAAUGUGCUGAUGGGGACCAAGUUAGUAGCAUGGGGAUGUCUGAGAGAAGUGACAACGAGGACGCUAGCCUAUCUGAUUCACGAAAUCUUGCCCUGAUUUUGAAAAAGUUAAUUGAUCGGGGAAAAGUCAACAUGAAAGAUGUAGCAUUGGAGAUUGGCAUCUCACCUGAUUCAUUGCUUUCGACACUUGCUGAAGAUAGUUUGGUUCCUGACUUGCAAUGCAAAAUAGUCAAAUGGCUUAGGCAUCAUGCUUAUAUGAGUACUCUGCAUAAAAAUUUGAAAGUUAAACUAAAAUCCUCAAUUCUGUCCAAGGCUGGGAUGGCAGAGGCUGAUCAUUCUGAUGGUGUAAUAGUAUCAGAGUCUGAUAUGGAAGACCCUGUUGCUGUUAAGUCUGUUCCACCUCGCAGAAGAACAAAAAGUAACAUUAGAAUUUUGGCAGAUAAUAAAGGAAUUUGCUCAGCAGAGGAAUUUUUAAGUGACAGUGGGGCGCUGAUUGAUGAGGAUAGAGUUGAUAAACUUGCUAGCAAGCAACCAGAAAAUUCAAGUGAAGUAUCUGUCCAUGUUGAAAAGACAUCAAUCAACUGUGAUGGGUUGCAAGACUCUUUGGGGACUGAUUUGUCUAAAUCUGAAGGCAGUUCAUGUAAUCCCUCGGGUUGCAUCUCUUCUGAAAAAAUUGAAAUAGAGUGUUCUGCUGUUCCCCAGCAGGGUGAUUCAAUGAGUUCAGAUCAGGCAAAUCCUAAUUAUUCAGAUAAUAAUCCAGUGCUUCCUGAUCUCUUAAAAAUGAAUGAAGUUUCACAUUCUUAUAUGCACCCAUAUGUCCACAAGGAACUGAUGCAAAUGCAGAGUGGGCUACUUUCAAAAGACAAUAUUUGUGAGUUGGAAGGUUUGAGGGUGGGAGAAACCUCUCAUCUGGAGGCGUCUUCCAAUGCCAGUGUGUGCUGUGAUCACCAGAAAAUACAUUCAAACUGUGAUGUAAUUUACAAAUCUGAUGAAGCAAAUAUAGAGAGGCUGAUUAAGGCAAAGAAACUGGGAGUUUAUGACCUGUCUCCCUCAGAUGAAGUGGAAGGAGAAAUCAUUUAUUAUCAGCACAGGCUACUUGGCAAUGCAGUUGCAAGAAAGAAAUUUACUGACAAUUUAAUUUGUAAGGUUGCUAAGAUUCUACCAAAGGAGAUUGACAUAGCCAGGGCCCAGAGAUGGGAUGCGGUACUUGUUAACCAGUACCUUAACGAGAUUAGAGAAGCAAAGAAACAGGGCAGGAAAGAAAGAAAGCAUAAAGAAGCCCAGGCUGUACUUGCUGCAGCAACUGCUGCUGCUGCAGCUUCUUCUAGGAUUUCAUCAUUUAGGAAAGACACAUAUGAUGAAUCUACUCAUCAGGAGAAAUUGAACAUUUCUAAUGGGAGGGCUGGCAUUUCUUCUCAGCUGAUGCCACGUCCAAAAGAGACGCUUUCCAGGAUGGCUGUUUCAAGGAACUCAUCAGAAAAAUUCUCUGAUUUUGCUCAGUCUGUUUUAGAUUUUUCUAAAGAGAAUCCUAGGUCAUGUGAUAUUUGCCGACGAUCUGAGACAAUACUGAACCCUAUCUUAGUCUGUUCCAGUUGCAAGGUUGCAGUUCAUUUGGAUUGCUAUCGCAGUGUCAAAGAAUCUACAGGUCCAUGGUGCUGUGAAUUAUGUGAGGAAUUAUUGACAUCUAAAUGCUCUACAGCUGCUUCACUCAAUUUUUGGGAGAAGCCCUACUUUGUUGCUGAAUGUGGUUUAUGCGGUGGUACCACCGGUGCUUUUAGGAAAUCUACUGAUGGUCAAUGGGUCCAUGCUUUCUGUGCGGAGUGGGUGUUUGAACCAACUUUUAGAAGGGGGCAAGUGAAUCCAGUAGAAGGACUGGAGACAGUUUCUAAAGGAAAUGAUAUCUGUUGUAUUUGCCGACGAAAACAUGGUGUCUGCAUAAAGUGUAGCUAUGGUCACUGUCAGACCACAUUUCAUCCCUCCUGUGCUAGAAGUACGGGUUUUUACAUGAAUGUUAAGACUAUUAACAGCAAGUUGCAGCACAAGGCUUACUGCGAAAGGCAUGGCUUGGAACAGAGGGCAAAGGCUGAAACUCAAAAACAUGGAAUUGAGGAGUUAAAGAGCAUGAAGCAAGUCAGGGUUGAACUAGAGAGGUUACGCCUUCUUUGUGAAAGAAUCAUUAAACGUGAAAAGAUAAAGCGGGAUUUAGUUCUUUGCUCACACAGCAUACUUGCGUGCAAACGAGACCAUGUUGCUCGUUCUGUGCUUGUUCAUAGUCCUUUUUUCCCACCAGAUGUUAGUUCAGAAUCAGCUACAACCUCUCUUAAAGGCAAUACUGAUGGGUAUAAAUCGUGUAGCGAUGCAAUCCAAAGAUCAGAUGACGUAACAGUGGACAGCACCAUUUCUGUUAAGCAUCUUAAAGUUACCAUGGACGCAGACCAAAAGACAGAUGACAGCUCCACAUCCCAAAACCUUUUUACCCGAAAACCUUUGGAGAGGGUG